GAGGUUCCGUAACUCAAACGCAUCCUCCAGCUGAACAGCACUGAUAUUUACGCACAAUGGCUCAUGUUGAGGUACCGAGUCUACUGGAGCGACACGCCGCCCGGAGGACGUUUCCGCUGCUGACCCGGACCAAGGUCUGCCGGAGCCUCUUCGGACCGGUGGACCACGAGGAGCUGAACCGGGAGAUGAAGCAGAAGCUGCAGGAGAUCUCGGAGCGCGAGCGUAGCCGCUGGAACUUCAACUUCGAGAACAACUCGCCCCUGCCUGGGAAUUACGAGUGGGAGGAGGUGGGCGCGCGGUGCGUACCGGAUUUCUAUCGGGACUCUGGUCGGUGCGGCGUAAAACCGCGGACUGCUUUAAUUAAUCACGUUAAAGUGGAGAGCGCGGAGUGCGCGGGGGAAAACGCCGAACCGGAGGUGGUGCGUCCCCCCGCUGAGGUCAACCAGGAGAACCGGUCCGGAGCUCUGAACGGAACACCGACGUGCGCACGCAAAAAGAGACGGAGUCGGUCGGUGCAGGAGUCUCCCAGAAGUAGCAGCACUCAAAUUACAGACUUUUUCCCCAAAAGAAAGAGGUCCGCAGAAAGCUCCUCCAUCCCUGUUGAAAUCACACCCCGCAAGAGAAUCAGAUGAUAUUUUUUCCAGUUUUCAGUUUGUUUGUGGACGACCAGCUCCGGCGUUUAUCUGCUGAGCGGAUGACGGACGCGGGGCGGAAAGACGGACAUAAACAAAGACAUAAAACCGACAAACAAACAGACAGAUUGAAAAAAAAAAGCUCGAUCUCGAUCUUUUAUGAUCUGAUGUAUGUAGCAAUACUGGCUCUGCCAAACGGACUCAAGUUGCAGUGUUACAAACUUCUCAAACGGUGCAAUUUUUUAAUAUUUUGUUUGAGAUUUUUUUAUUGUGUUCUUUGAUUAUGUUUUAUUUUAUUUUUGUGUUGGUAGGCUACAGAUUCUAGUUUAGAUUCUAGCCUUAUUAGGAUUAUUUUGUUCGUUUUUGUUUCGUGUAUGUUUUUGUUGUCCUAAUUUAUGUUGUUUUAAUUUAUGAUCCACCGCAGUUUGGUCACUUUUUUAAUUUACUGCUGUUUAUUUACUGCAAUAUUUUAAGUUUUAUGUUUAAUGUUUUAUUUAAGUUUCUGCCGGAUGAUUGUCAUGCAAAGAAUGUCUCUGAGCCGAUGUUUAAUAUAUAUAAACGUAUAUAUUUCCGAGCUUUGUACGAAAAUGAAUGAAUGAAUCACGAAAAAAAUAAAUUAUAUUUUUGUUUA